CAUUUCCCACCUCCUCGCACACAACAACCCCCUCUGUCCGCCCACGUCAUUUGCAUUCCGCUGCCUACCGACCAUCCGCAUCCGCAACAAUGAACCCGCACCAGCAGAACAAGGUGGACAUCAGCAAACUGUCCCCGGACGAGGCACGCCUCUUCCGCCUCUACGGGAAGCUGCCCAACAAGAAGGACCUGCUGCAGAACAAGCUCAAGGAGCGCAAGUACUUCGACAGCGGCGACUACGCUCUCUCCAAAGCCGGCAAAGCCUCAGAUAUCGGCGUCACCCAAAUCGGCCGCGAGCACCCGGUGCCCGAGAAGAUCCCGCACAUCGCUCCGCCAUCGUAUAACGAUAACAGGCAGCAGAACGGCCAGGACAAGGGCCAUGGCGGCGGCAGCCCAGUCAAGGAGCACACGUUCCUGCACCGCGAAACGAGCCUGAAUCGAGAAACGUCCGCCGAAGAUAUCGAGAAGGAGGAGCAAGACGACGAGUCGGCGAAGGCAUAGGCGCUGUGGAGCCCUGUCUCACAUGCGUUGUUUUCUCCGUCAUCGAAUUUGUCCAGCUUAAUUCGGAGGCUGCGUCCAAAAUGUGGCUGU